GGGCGCGUGGCAGCUGGAUCAUACGUGCUUCAGUCAAGUCUUAGAGUGCAGCUCGAUGCGCUGAGUUGGAAGGCUCACGCAACAACCGUUUUAUUUGCAGGCCUCACUCAUUCGGUUACCGCGCGCGUACGCGUGAUCUCUUCAAGAGAGACUUCCGCAAGCACGGACCCAUCAAGCUCUCCACCUACUUGCGUUCUUACCACGUAGGCGACAUUGUCGACAUCAAGGCCAACGCCGCUGAGCAAAAGGGUAUGCCCCACAAGGUGAGUCUACGAUGCGGCGGAAGGCCGGUCGUGCGCAAGGGAGCGCGGCUCCAGAGCGGCGAGAGAUCAUAGGGAAUGUACGAAGCGCAUGGGUGCUGAAACUUGAAUCGUUACAUCAUCCGCGCUUUAGUUCUACCAUGGCCGAACUGGUGUUGUCUUUGGUGUUCAACCUCGUGCAGUGCAGGUCAUCGUCUACAAGACUGUAGGCAACCGCAAAAUCGAGAAGCGCGUCAACGUUCGAAUUGAGCACGUGAAGCACUCCAAGUGCCGAGACGACUUCUUGAACAGAGUCAAGGCAAACGCUGCCAAGAGGCUGGAGGCCAAGGAGAAGGGCGGUGAGUAUUGUCUCGUCUGCACACGAUGCGCUCGAGCGUAAGCUGAGACAAGUUGCUGUCUCGCUCUCGUUUCGGACUUGCAGAGAAGGUCAACUUGAAGCGUCAACCUGCUCAGCCUCGUGAGGCCUACGUUGUCAGCACCAAAAAGAACGCACCCCAGACGCUGGCGCCCGUGCCUUACGACACCAAUUACUAAGCAGCCUUCAUGUUGGUUGCGCCAGUCGUUCCUCCGCCUUUGCUCCCUUGCGUCUACUCUUGGUGGUGCGCCCACCACAUCUCGGAGUAUUCACUGUACUACACUCUUACAGUCGCUCUUGUCCACGACUGAUGUGCGCUUACCACCAGUCGCGGCUACAAG